AAUAUGACUACCUAUAAAAUAAUGAAAAAUUCAUUAGCGUAAAAGAAAAUGAAUUUUAAAAAAUUAACAUAGCAAUAAUUCAGUUGGAUGAGAGACCAUUUGCUCAAAGAGCCCAAGAUAAGCAAACAAAGGAAUCAUUUUACCCCCAAUACCAGUCUUUGUAUGUGGAACUAAGCGACUAACUGACAAGGCGGCAUACCAUUGUCCCCUUAAAAAUGGUUGAGUUCGAUGCAACGGAUGAUGCCAAUGCGGAGCUGUUGAACAAACUGAAACACUUGGAUGUGCGUGUCGAGACCGUGGAGGCCAAUAAAGGAAUCUGCAAGAAAAGUUUCUGGAAAUCCUUGAAAUUAAGAUCAGCCUUUAGUCACAUUGGGCUAUUGGUGGGACUCUCCAUAUACUGUGGCGUGGGUGGCAUGAUAUUCCGACAAUUAGAACGCCCUGCUGAAGUGGAACGUUUACAGUACCUUAAAAAUGUGGUAAAGACAAAACGUGAAAAUUUCAUAAAUGUGAUAAUUAAUAACACAGAUGUCAACAAUUUAGAUCAAUUGCUAAAAUUUGAAUUAGCUAAAUAUGAAGAGGCCGUCCAGGAGGCAGCCGAAGGUGGCCUACUCAUUGAGGCUGAACAAGACUUUCCAGAACCCUAUGAACGCUGGAGCAUACUGCAGGCGGUAUUCUUCUCAUCGACGGUCCUCACAACCAUAGGCUAUGGCAACAUAGUGCCCGUAACAAUCGGGGGCAGAGCAUUUUGUAUAUGCUUCGCAUUAAUAGGCAUUCCUUUUACGCUGACCGUCAUAGCGGAUUGGGGACGUUUAUUUGCGACAGCAGUCUCAGUGCUGGGCAGGCAUAUGCCAAAAACACCAAAAGUUACCAAUUUCAUUGGUCGCACAUGGUUUUAUGCUCUGUCAGCGGUGCUGUUCCUCUGUGUCUAUUUGGCCAUAGGUGCAGGUCUAUUGCUGCUAUGGGAGGAUGAUUGGACCUUUUUUGAUGGUUUCUAUUUUUGCUUCAUCACCAUGACCACCAUUGGCUUUGGCGAUUUGGUGCCAAAGAAACCCAACUAUAUGCUGCUAUGCACACUCUAUAUCCUUAUAGGAUUGGCUCUAACCUCCACCAUCAUUGAGUUGGUAAGACGUCAGUAUGCCACAAGUUGGGCCAAAUUGCAAGAACUUUCCGGUCCCAUGGCUGAGACACUGAGACGUUUAGGCGAGACUGCUGGCACUGGCCUGGAUUACACGGCAUUACAAAAAGUAUUGACGGUUUCCAUGCCCAAAUGGAAUAUGUCACGCAAAGAUCCCAAUAAUGCUGAUAUCGCUGCUUUGGAAGCCAUUACCAAUGCCAUUCUGAAAGAAGUGAAAGAGGCACAAAAUAAUAAACCCAAAGUGUUACAAAUUGUUAUCUACGAAUCAUCGGUGUAGUUAAACAAAAUGCUGAAAACAUGUUUGUAUUUCUAGAAAAGAUUAUUAUAAAAAAUUUCACAUUACAAAUAUUAAUAACAAUUAUAUAAAAUAGCGCUAUAUUAUUGUAAUUAUUAAUAUUAUGUAGUUAGUAAUAUUUAUUUUAUUUAAUAGUUUCUUUUUUCAAAUUUUCCGUUAUAGGUAAUAUUUUUAUAAUAUUUUUAACAUUACACAUUAGGAAGGAAGUUAACGCACACACUUAAGUGUUCUCAUAAAAACUAAAAAAUAUUAAAUAUAGUAAAAUAAAUUUAAUAUAAUUAAAUUUACCUUAAAAUUAAGAAGAAGAUAUCAAGAAAAUAUAUCCUAAAGAAAUCAAUUAUGCAUAUUUAAAUUAAGUUUUGGAGUUAAAUGAAGAAAGAUAAUAAAAUAAUAAAUUUAUAUACAGAUAAAAUAUUUAAUAAAAAAAAGAAAUGCCUACAAAGCCUGCCUUUAAAUAAGGGAAAAUAAGUUUAAACAUAAAUUAUUUUUUAUUUAAAAUAAAUCAAAAUAGCUUAACACAUUCGCCACAUACAUAAUAUUUAUACACAUUUAGCAAAGAUAAAAACAAACCUCCACAAACUUUAAAUUGGUCUUCAAAAUUUGUAAAAAAAAAUCCUUGGAAUGUCUUCGAAAACAAAUUACAUAAUUAGAAACCAUGAAAUGUAUACUCAUAAGAAAUGUCGAUAUUCUAUUGUUAUCAUAAGCUAAGAAAAAACAAAGAAAUAAUAAAAAAAUUAUUUAGGCUAAUUUUCACACGCGCUUAGUUAUAGAAAAAUCCACCCCUUUUUAAAUUCUUUACACUCAAAGAAAUUUGUUAAUAACAACAGUUUUAUAAAAUGGACAUCAAACAACACUCUGCUUGAAUGACAAGAGAACAAAAAAGUCCUACCCAAUUUAUUGGGUUUUAUUUUGAGUGUAAGAUCAUGAAAACGGGGAAAAUAUUGCAUCAAGUUCUAUUAUCCUAAGAAACAAAAAUCCAAUCUAAUCUAGUCACUAAGUAGAUAUACAAAUAUUGCCACUAUUAUUAUUACUAUUACUUUUUUUUCAUUUUCCAUUUUUAGUUAUUUUUAUAUCUUUCAAGUUUUAUUUAUUCUCUUAGUUGCCAUUUGCAUUUUGUAUUUAUUUGUGAUUU